AUGAGUACAAUUGUCAGCUGUCUUGUUGGAUACAAUUCCCUCAGCUUCACCUUCGUAUCUGUUCACACCCCCCUCACUCGGUCUCAUCUCUCCGUUUCGGCUUGGCCGUCCAGAUGCAACGUCUGUCCGUACACCUUUCCAUGGCAUGGCGACCUCACGGAGCAUUUGCGACUGGUGCACGGGGUUCAGAAGUCGCGGGAGACUGCGCGCGGCGGCAAAGCCGGUAGCUUCCGAUGCAGCCAUUGUAAAUACGUCGCCAAGUACCAAAGUGAAUUGCGUCGCCACAUGCGACUUCACUGGGGCGUCAAGCCUUUCAAGUGCAUCUUCUGUCCCUACCGCAGCGCUUGGAAGGGGGACUUGAAACGGCAUAUGGAGUCGCAUCAUCGCGAAUGCUUCUCCUCAGAGGCUGAGUUGGUCAAGAUCAUGGCCCAAUUCCGCAACAACGCCGGUACCACCGUGGACGAGAGUCAGCGCAUCCGACCAAGCAGUCCGGCGGCCGCCGACUCGGCCAGUCUGGUCACUUGCGCCGAGGUCCAACAGGCCAGAAGCUCGUCCGGUUACUCGACCACCGACGUCAGGCUCAACGAAGAUGUAAUGCUUCGUGGUGAAGCGUCACGACACCAACGCGACCAUUCAGCCAGUUGCCUUGCCGAUGCUGCGUCUGGUGGUGGUGACGAGGACACCGAGACGGCCGAAGAUCUCCGCUGCGCCUUCAAAGCUGCUCCCGGUGAGUCUUGUCAUGAUGCGCCGAUGUCUGUCCUCAUCUCUGGCCUCCUGUUACCACCGUCACCGUCGUCAGAUUUGCUGCCACAGGCACCACCGGCUCCACCACCAGCACCACCAGCACCACCAGCCUCGUCUCGAGAGGCCUUUUCUUCGGGCUGGGUAAACCAGGUGUGUAAUUUUUCAUUUUUUUCAUUUUUGUAUUUAUUCCCUCAUUUCAUGUGUAAGCUAUUCUGA